UUCAAAUGUAGGUAAAUUCAUCUCCAUAAUAAACUCUGAAAUUUGAAAAAAAAAGGGGGUGAAAAUUUGAAAAUAUUUUCUUCUGAAAAGAAAGACACCAUUUUCUGAUCACGGUUCCAAAAUCCAGAUCUAGUGUCUGCUGAGUUUCUAUCGCAAUCAAUUGGUACAGUUCCGCUUUCAGAAUUGCAUUACCGCCAUAUCUCUCCCCUUAUGGAAUAGUUGGUUCCUUGUUGUUCUUCAUUGGCGGAUCCAUGGAGUUCACUGAAUCUUACAAGCAAACGGGUCCUUGUUGUUUCUCUCCCAAUGCUCGAUUCAUCGCCGUCGCCGUCGAUUACCGCCUCGUCAUUCGGGAUACUCUCUCUUUCAAGGUUGUGCAGCUGUUUUCCUGCUUGGACAAGAUUAGCUAUAUCGAAUGGGCCCUUGAUUCUGAAUACAUUCUUUGUGGUCUGUAUAAGAGACCGAUGAUACAAGCUUGGUCACUGACCCAACCCGAAUGGACAUGCAAAAUAGAUGAAGGUCCUGCAGGUAUUGCUUAUGCUAGAUGGAGCCCAGAUAGUCGCCACAUACUCACUACGUCAGAUUUCCAGUUGCGUUUGACAGUUUGGUCUUUGGUAAACACAGCCUGUGUUCAUGUGCAGUGGCCAAAGCACGCUUCCAAGGGAGUUUCUUUCACUAGAGAUGGGAAAUUUGCAGCAAUUUGCACAAGGCGUGAUUGCAAGGAUUAUAUAAAUCUGUUAUCUUGUCACAAUUGGGAAAUCAUGGGCAGUUUUGCAGUUGACACAGUAGACUUGGCUGACAUUGAAUGGUCACCAGAUGAUAGUGCUAUUGUGAUAUGGGAUUCGCCACUUGAAUACAAGGUUCUAAUCUAUUCUCCAGACGGAAGAUGCCUUUCCAAGUAUCAAGCAUAUGAAAGUGGAUUGGGUGUUAAAACUGUGUCAUGGUCUCCUUCUGGUCAAUUUCUUGCAGUGGGUAGUUAUGACCAGAUGCUGCGGGUCUUGAAUCAUCUAACUUGGAAGACAUUUGCAGAGUUUAUGCACCCAUAUACUCUCCGAGCCCCUUGUUAUGCAGCUGUCUUCAAAGAAGUAGAUGAGCCACUGCACCUUGAUAUGUCUGAACUGUGUUUGAGUGAUGAUUUUUCCCAAGGAAACAAUGAUGCUCCCGAAGAACCCUUUAGAGUAAGGUAUGAGGUUAUGGAAGUUCCUAUCAGUUUACCAUUCCAGAAGCCUCCUGCUGACAAACCUAAUCCCAAACAAGGAAUAGGUUUACUGUCAUGGAGUAACGAUAGCCAAUACAUAUGUACUCGCAACGACAGCAUGCCUACAGUACUUUGGAUAUGGGACAUUCGACAUCUCGAACUCGCCUCAAUAUUAGUGCAGAAAGACCCUAUCAAAGCAGCAGCCUGGGAUCCAUCAUGCACUCGCCUUGUUUUUUGCACCGGAAGCACACACUUGUACAUGUGGACACCCUCUGGUGCCUACUGUGUCCAUGUCCCCAUAUCCCAAUUUGCUAUAACAGACCUGAAAUGGAACUCAGAUGGCAGUUGUUUACUCCUUAAGGACAAGGAAUCUUUCUGCUGCGCUGCCGUUCCCUUGAUGCCAGAAUCUAGUGAAUACAGCUCAGAUGAUUGAGAUGCUAAGAAGGGAAAGGAAACUAAAAUUAUGGUAAAUAUAUUUGGUAGCAGCCAUUGUGCCUCUGAUGAAUGAGUAUAAGGUUGAGGAUUAUAUGAAUCCUGAAUUUUGUAAAUUAAAUGUGUGUGGAAAUGACUUCAAUUGAUGAGGGGAGGAUAUGUAUGCCAUUGAAGCAUUUUGUAAUUUGUAGUAAUAUUUGUGAAAAAUCAUAGGCCAUCUCGGCCUCUGUUGUAGGAGCAUACAUCAGAUAUCAGAUAUCAUUUUCUUAUUGAUUUUAUUUUAUUAUAUUUUCCCUAAA